UGCAAAAGGUAUCAAAAGGUGUUUCGGAUUUCGACAAUUUUAUAUAAAUAAAUUAGAAUGAUACAGGAUACUGAUAUUUAUAUUAAAUCAUAGAUGUAAAUAAAAAUGUUAUGGAGGACAAGUCUCCCUUAUGUAAUAAGACACCAGCUUGGCAAAACUGUGUGCAUUGCCCUAACCUUCUGUUCAACACUGCCACGGAAUUCGAAAGCCACAUCUUCGAAAAACACAGUCACAGGGAAGGAUCUAUAGUUUUGUGUCAAUAUGGACCUAAUGGAAUAUGCUCGGCUUUACAAUUUGGCGAUUUACGCAAAGCGGGCUUCAAGUACCAUGUACGACAACACCAUCUGUUUAAUACAAUCGGAUCGGAUAAUUGGACCUUCUACUCGUCAUCACAAAACUUACCAGCAGUAUUAAACGACCCUAACCGAGGAAAACAAAGCAACUUUUUCACUAAAACAUGGGGAGAUAGCUUCGCCGAUAAAGUAGAAAUUUAUCCUAGUCCUUAUUUACCAGAAAUAUCUCUUCAGCAUUUUGAAUCUUACUGUAAGAAAUUAGCUAAAAGAUAUAGGAGACACUGUCAGCUUAAAGAAAAUGUGCCCGUUAAAUCUAAAACGCCAGUCGUCGAGACCGUUUGUGAAGUGCCAAGUAUAUUUUAUGAGCAGUCUUUAGCACUCAAUGAUCCUAAAAUAUUUUCUCAGGUGUUUCCAGGCCUACUAAACUCUAAAGAUGUCAACGGUACUAUAAGGCACCUCCAAGAAACUUUAAGCACUUAUCUAGAUGUAAUAGAAAUGAAAAUAUCUAAACAAGUUGCACAAAAGUCAGAUGCAUUUUUCCAUGCUAUGCUUUCUCAUGAUACCAUCAUGGAGCAAAUGGCUAAAGCAGUAAAAACCGUUCAGACUACAAGGAGAAGUAUUAAAAAUGUUAAACAGAACUUGACUGAAAGUCCUUUGCAACUAGUGAGCCUAACCAAAAUUAAUCAUAAUCUUAGUAAUGUUCAUGAAUUGUUUAAAUUAAUGGCAACAGUGCAGCAGACUCAACCGAUGCUACAGCUCUUGCUGAGCACUUCUGACUAUGUAGCAGCACUGGACUUGAUAAGUUCUACUCAAAAAGUGCUCUCCACUCGACUAUCUGGCAUACAAGCUUUUCGUCAUCUGUCCCCUCAGUUAACUGAAAUGAAACGACUCAUUCAUAAAAUGUUAAACAAUGAAUUUUCAAGAUUUAUUACAUCUGAUCUCAAUAGACCUAUAGCGGACGAAAGUGAUUUGCCAGACAGGGACAAGAUAACAUCUAUUGUAUCAGGAAUCCUCCGAUUAAAGGAAUUGGACUUCUUAGAAAUUUUCAAAACAGAAGCAAUGACAUCCAUACAAACCACCAUCAAACAAUGUGUAGUAGAAAUAAUUUCAGAAAGAGAGGGAGGUCAUGAAAUCGUGUUGAGGGGUUCUAACACUGAUACUUGGUUGUUAUGUAAUGAGGGUAUAAUCUUUUUGCAAAAAGUUACUCCUAACAUUAUUAAUUUAUUUAAAAGAAUUUUGUGUUUAUGUGAUUUAAUAUUAGAAGUCAGCAAAACGAAUGAUAUUACUGGAAUAGACUGUGAGGAGGUGUGGACACAGGAGGAACUAAACUCCUUUGAAGAAAAGUUAAAGAAAAUUAUUGUGUCGCUUUCGGACUACAGCAAUGAAAGAUGUGCCAACCUUAUAGUCACCAAAAAUGACAAAGAAUAUGCUUUCUCGGAUUUAUCACAGUUAUCUAAGCUAUCAGAAUUAAUUGACAUCUUUUCAUCAGAAUGUGAGAAUAUCACAGGACACAGUAGCAAUGCAAUGAAACUGGCAUUAAGAAGUUACGCUAUGAAAUAUAUUCAAAACCUCCAUGGAGAGAGAAGGGCACUACUCACAUCCUCUUUAAAUACUGAAAGAUGGAAAGUAGCAGAUGUACCCUUUGAGUUGCAAAGUGUUAUAAACAAAAUCUGUGAAUGUCAAGAAAUACCAUACAAAAUACAAUACGAGAGUGGAAAACCUGAUUCAAAAUUUCUUAUUAUAAACAAGGAGACUUACGCUGUUGUUGCUACUGUUCAGCUUCUGAUAAAAAUACUUUUAGAAUAUUGCGAUGCCACUAAACAAUCUCCUGACAUUGUCCAAUAUUUAGUUCAUUGCAUGCUAGAGUUAAUAAGAUUGUUCAACUCCCGUUGCUGUCAGCUGGUACUGGGUGCUGGGGCCAUACAGAGUGCAGGCCUAAAGACAAUAUCUACCUCAAAUUUAGCUCUCGUUUCCAGGUCUUUGCAAGUUAUACUGUGGUUGCUUCCUUUAAUCAUAACCCACCUGGAAAAGUUGCAUUCAAAAGAAUUGUCUUUGAACGGUUUCAAGAGCAUUGAGAGUGAUAUAGCAGGUCAUAAAAAGGAAAUUGAGAGUAAAAUAUGUAAAAUAGUAAGUGGCAUGCUCAGCUCUCAGCUGGAUGGCUGGGAUGCUAAGCCUCCGGUUCCGUCGCAAACAUUCCGAAAUAUAUCUAAACAUUUAGUUAAAUUGCACGAAGCUUUAAUUGACAUUCUACCACCUGAUCAAAUUCGACGUAUAUAUAUAGCGGUUCAUGAUAGUUUCAAGGAGAAAUUAAGGGAGCAACUGGGCAAGAUGAAUAUCGUCGCCAAUGGAAGCCCCCAGCAUGGUGUUGUGACCUCCGAGUUGACUUUCUAUUUGCAAACAUUAAAAACUCUUAGAAUAAUUAAUGAAACUGAUUCUGAAGAUAAUAUUUUGUAUGAUAUAUGGCUGAAUUAAGGUGUAAGGCUUAUAAUUAUAGCAAUUUUAUACUGAAUAUUGAUAUGUAAAUAAAUCAGAUUUAUUAUAUUGAAUGUAAGUGUAAUAAUUCCAAAAGCUAUUUAUAAUAUUACUUUACAGUAAUUAGUAUCUAAUUAAACUAAGGGACUUCUUAUAUUACCUACCAUAUAUGAAUGUUAUAGCUUGUAUUUAGUUACUUAUUUUUUUUAAUUUUGCAUCCUUUAGUUGAAUGGUGCUACAUACAUGUAAAUAUGAAAUGAAAAGUAUAAGUGAUAAAAAAAUUUGCACCUUCAGUAAGUACUUAUCAGAAAUCUUGGCUUUACCUCAACCACCUAUCACUUGCAAGAAAUAUCUCAAAACCUGACUUACCUAUUUGUGUUCAGGCAAGACGUGCUAAAACUACACUGCACCUAAAUAUUAUUAUAAAGUAUGCUUCACUGCUGCGCCGCGCUGUGACAAAUUUAUGUAAUAUUAUUGUUUUAAUUUUUUGUUACAAAUAAAGAUUUUGUCAUCAACUUGUA